UCGCCGUAGAUUGGGCGGGUAAUACAAAACGUAAACAAACGGAGAAAAUGGGGGAAAGCGAAGCUGCAGCUAAACAGGAGACUGUAGAUAAAGUUUGUGUUAGAGAUUCAUGUGAAAGCCAGGUGAAUGAAAGUACGGGAGAAGUUUCCUCACAGAUGUCAAACCCUGGGUCAGUUAGUCAGCCUUCCGAGGAGACGGAGGCUCGCUACAACCGGCUCAAGUUGUUCGACAAGGUGAUGCAGAAAAGCCUGGAAAAGUUCGUCGAUCUUGCCAGUUUUAACAGAUUUGCCAGCAUGUUUCGUCCGCUGUACAAGAAGAACCCGCAGAGGAUGGAGAGCAUUCAUAAGCAGUUCAUUGCGGAGUUGCAGAAGUCUAUACAGGAUGACAUCAGCAGAUUGAUCGAAGAAGGAAAGUUAGAGUCCAAACUGAACGAGCUGGACAAGCUGGAGAAGGCUGCCGAAAACAAACCAGACCCUGCAUGGCGGCCAAGUGGGGUUCCUGAGCAGGACUUUUGCAGCUUUUUGAUGCCAUACUAUCAAAAGCAGGAGGCUUACAUGCGACUGGAGCUGAAAAAGAUUCAAGCAGAGAAUGCCGCCCUUGCACAGCAGGUCCAGGCUGGAAGAGAGAGUGUUGCUCAGGCUGAACAUCAUAUUUCUGCUGCUGUUGAUGAGUGGAAGGUUUCGGUCACAGAGUUUGAAAGGCUGGCAUCUUCUCUCUGCCCUGCUGAUGUCUUUGAAGUGUGAUCUUCAAAUGAUUUGACCUGCAGAUAUAUCAACUAACUUAACUGUACAUAUUGAUUCUGUUUACUGUGGUUGUUUGCUUGAAUAUAAAUAAAGUUGAAGUCUUGGAUAUAAAAA